AUGGUCGCCUUCGCCCACCUGAUCACUCUUCUGUCUGUGCUUGUCGCCAUGUCCCGCGCAGAUGAAGUGGCUCAAGCCAAACCCGAACAAGUCAACGACAAAUGGUACUAUGGGAGAUUCCGUUCUGCCGGGUAUUGGGGACUGAGCGGAAUGUCGCUAUAUUCAACCUACCCCUCACUCUACACCAACUACUACUCGCUGCUCAAUUCGUACUGCUACGGACUCGGGACCUUUCCCUACAGCUACAAUCUCAUCAAUGGCUACUUUGCCAAGGCCACCGACGCUGAAAAAUCUGUGAGCAGACGUGCGAUCAGUCUCGAUGCUGAGCAGCUUGUCCGUCGAGACACUGCCGACUCAUUUACUUGUACGACCCAUGGCGCCGCUCCUCAAACUUUCUCCGCCAAGGAAUGCGUUGCGGCUGCCCAGCAAUUGUCUGAGAAGAAGGUCUCGACAGCGAGUCACGGGGGUUGCAAGGUCGCGCUCGCCAACGCUAAGGAGAAAUUCGCCCCAGGCCACAUUUCCUCGAAGGACCUCGAGACAGCUGUUCGUAGCAUCUUGAGCGGAUGCUCCAACGCAGAAAACAAGGAGGUUGCUAACAACAAGCCCGAGAAGAACAUCGACGAGAAGCAAGUGGUCAUGCUCAUCACCAAGGCUUGAUUUCUUUCCUCGCUACUAGUGCUACUCAGCAGGAUUUAUUUUUUCCUCUUUUCUUCUGUCUGUCCUGGUUGUAUCGGAUGUAUCGAGUGCUGUUUAUAUCCCACAA